GGGAGUCUGUGUGUGUGCCAUGCCCCAGGAGUAAUGGACUCCCAGAACCGGGCUGCACUGGACAUCUCCACCCGGAACCCCCAGGAUGACUUUGAGAUUCUGCUCCGGGUCGGUGGAGGCACCUAUGGCGAGGUUUACAAGGUCAGAGAUUAAAACAACUCACAACCAGGACAUUUUCAGAGAGUUUUAUGCUACCUUGUUGUGCUUUUUACUUUUUUGAAAUGUUUCUAAUGGUGGCCUGUGUUUCGAAUGUCAAUACUCCUGAUUUACAGUAAAAUAUUCCAUUUAAGAUUUUAUUUGUGGGGGCAGGCAAUGGUUUGAUUUCAUGUAGGCCUAAAUCAUUCACAUUCUCAAGGAAUUUAGACUUUUUGUAAUUCCUGUUUCAAAAAAGGAAGCGGUUUUAGAAAAAGUUAAAGCAUAUAUGAUCAGAUAUUUUAGAUUUACUUUUUUUCAUAUAUGGGUUUCCUUUGUCUCUUCAUCUUUCACUUUUGGUUAGUGAAUAUGUCCCUUUGUAUUACAUUAACGUGUAUUACAUUAAAACAAACUUGUAUCACUCUUGCUUUAGCUCAAUUCUGUGGAAUACAUUUCCUCAAAUAGUGAAGGAUUGGCUUAUAGCUCAUCAGGGGAAAGAGGUUGAUCUAUGUUGUCUUUCUUGUGGUAACUGAUUCCUAUACUCUUACCAUGAUGUGAGUUGUGUUUACCACUCACAGCUCAACCCCAGUCAGUUACACUGUGGCCUUUUAUGUAGCAGUUUUGUUCAUGGGCAGAAUGUCUUCUCAGUCAGUAACUGUGUUGGAACAAGACAAACUGACACUGCUCUGGAGAAUUCACUGUCCUAAAGACACAUUUAUUGUGACCAUAUUAGGAACACAAUGUGUUUACCUGGAAUCAGGAUAGGGUAUAAGGACGGGACCAAUAAGUGAGUUGGAACAUCACAUCCAUUAAAACAAAUAUAUAAGCUUAAUCAUUGAUAUGCAUGGAGGUUGGGAGGCAAUAUCAAAUUGUAUCUUGCAGUAACACUUGUUACAUACAAGUUGCAAGGACAUAUUCUAUCUCUGAAUAAGUCAUAUUGUCACCUGUCACAGAACUUUGCAGAAAUGCAGUGUGCUUUGCACCUGUUUGACCGCCACAUGAUGAGUGUGCUAUUCAGCACCAGCCAUGAUCAUUCAGUUCAGUUGCUAUGUGCCUUCUCUGUAUUGGACGCUAAAGCUACAGUAUAGAAUGAAUUCAAUGCGGAGCACACCAUUUUCACUUUUAUUCCAUUAUUCCAUAAGAAACAUUUGGUGUAAAGUGUGUAUCUUAUCUUAUGUGGAAUGUAUGCCCCUUUCCAGAAUCCUGGUACACUCUACAAUGUCAAUAAUGGUAUUAUAGAAAAAUGACAAAGAUUUUACAAUGUCUUACUGGACGAGCAUUGGCAGAGUAUGCCAGCUGCUGUGUUCAGGAGCUUGUCCACUGUGCAUGUGACUUAUGCAAAGUAGGGGGAACAUGGAGCGCACUUCCUCUCCAGAGAGAAACGGAGGCCAUCAAUAGUUUAUGCUCUAUUUUCACAGUACUUUGCAUUUAUUCAACAACUUAUAGUAACAAUGUCUGCAAACAAAUAGUUAAAGGAAACAAAAAUAAACACCAGAAAAAUACCUGAACUUCUGCCAAUAUUUGUCAAUGGCUCAUAUGUUCAUUAUGGCGGCUAGUUGUUCUUGUUGGGCAACAACAUGAAGCUUCUCAGUAAUUGUAAGAGCUGUGUGUUUUUAUGGGUUGGUAACUUUGUAGCCUCAACAUCACUGUGGGUACACCUCUGUUGAACUACAUUGUUAUCAGGCCUCCCAACUGUCCCUAGGCCUCCUGUAAAUACAAACAGACACCUUUGUUCGGCACACUGUUCCAUGAAAGCAGAAUACUUUAGCUAAGACUCCUUUUUUCAACUUGAACUGCUAUCCUCUAUCUAGGGUAAAACCAUUUGAAUUCAAUCCCUUUUUGAUAGCACCCCUUUUGAUUUGAACUGAACCUUCCAUACAUACAGUAUUUGCCCAUUGUAGAAGUGGUCAGAAAGUGACUUUUUGGACCUGAAUGCCAAAACAUUCAAGAAAUAAAGGUGCUCAAAGUUGACCUAUUUUGCAUACCCCACCAUACCAUAAGACAGUGAUCACUGGAAAAGAUAAACGGUUGAGAUUGAUAUCAUUUAAAAACUUACAAACAGGGUUGUCAAACUGUUUUAUAAUAACCUUAAAUGUAAAUUAUCUAAAAACACGUAAAUUCCUUUUUAAAAUUCUCAUAUAAACUCAGAUUUGUUUCAUAUUCACAUACAGUGGGGAGAACAAGUAUUUGAUACACUGCCGAUUUUGCAGGUUUUCCUACUUACAAAGCAUGUAGAGGUCUGUAAUUUUUAUCAUAGGUACACUUCAACUGUGAGAGACGGAAUCUAAAACAAAAAUCCAGAAAAUCACAUUGUAUGAUUUUUAAGUAAUUAAUUUGCAUUUUAUUGCAUGACAUAAUUAUUUGAUCACCUACCAACCAGUAAGAAUUCCGGCUCUCACAGACCUGUUAGUUUUUCUUUAAGAAGCCCUCCUGUUCACCACUCAUUACCUGUAUUAACUGCACCUGUUUGAACUCGGUACCUGUAUAAAAGACACUCAUCCUUCUACUUAAAAAUCAUACAAUGUGAUUUUCUGGAUUUUUGUUUUAGAUUCCGUCUCUCACAGUUGAAGUGUACCUAUGAUAAAAAUUACAGACAUCUACAUGCUUUGUAAGUAGGAAAACCUGCAAAAUCGGCAUUGUAUCAAAUACUUGUUCUCCCCACUGCAUGUUGUAGCUUAGACCCUAUUUUACAUCAUCUGAGGGUUUUUUGUUGUGCCCGCCAUCAGUUGAGACACAACAUGCUGUUGAAUACAGGGUGGGUGUCAUGUUUUGGUUUAUAAAUGUACUAAAAUGGGAAUAAAAUAGAAAUGUCUACUUUCAAAUGGUACCACAAAGAUGGUUGGAGGUCCACACAUCAUAGAAUGUUGACAUGAAUGGUAAUAUCUGUUGUUUGAAAUAAUACUGUCAAUCCUCCAUAGGUAACGUAUUGAAAUCAUAGAAAUAUAGAUAAUAGAAUAGACAUUUAAGUUGACAUUCGACGGUGGGUGGACCGGCGGCCAUCUUGUGGUAGUAAUUAGAAGUAAAAAUGUCAAUUCAAUUUAAAUGUCAAUGGUGUACCAGCUAAAUUGCAGUGUUCUGAAGGGAUAGGUCCAUUCUAUGAAAUAUAUUUAUAUGAUUGAAAUGACACCCACCCUUUAUUCAAGAGCAUGUUGUUUCUCAAGAUGCUGGGCACAACACAAAAACCUCAAGUAGGGUCUAAGCUACAACAUAUGUGAAUAUGAACCAAAUCUGAAUUGACGUGUUUUUAGAUAAUUGACAUUAAAUGUAAAAAAAAAAUGUUUUCAAGAAGUUCUAAAAUAGUUUGACAACCAUGUUUGUAAGCUUUAAAAUGAUAUCAAAUUCAACCGUUUAUCUUUUCCAGUGAUGAAGACAUGGAGGUCUCAUAGUAUAUUUUUUUUUUUUUUUUUUUUUUUUUUUUUUUUUUUUUUUUUUGUCAUUUAGCAGACGCUCUUAUCCAGAGCGACUUACAGGAGCAAUUAGGGUUAAGUGCCUUGCUCAAGGGCACAUCGACAGAUUUUUCACCUAGUCAGCUCGGGGAUUAGAACCAGCGACCUUUCGGUUACUGGCACAACGCUCUUACCCACUAAGCUACCUGCCGCCAUAGUAUGGUGGGGUAUGCAAAAUUUGUGCACCUCUAUCUCCUGAAUGUUUUGGAAUUCAGGUCCAAAAAGUCACUUUCUGACCACUUCUUCCAUGGGAAAACAUUUAUGAUUACUUUCAAAAAGUGACUGAACUCAAAUGGAUUUACCCUCUAUGGAAGUAGACUUGUUACGUUUAUAGACAGGGAUCCUGCUAAUGUGACAUUCAGAAGAACUACUUACACAAUCUCAAGUUUUCGAUGCAAUAGAAUUUAUCCCACAGGCUCAUAUGCAUUGACUCAUCGUGUACCAAAGUAAGAAGGACAGGAUAAGGUUGAGUUUCAGCUGAGCCACAAUACUUAUAAUACUGAAAACAGUGGCUUACUGUAAUGUGUCUCAGCCAAUAAAAUGCGAUUACAUUUUGUGCCAGGUGCAAUCUUUGAAACCAGGCCAGAAAGUCAAAAUAAAGAAGUGAGAGAGUCAUUGGUAUUUACAGUAUCUACACUUCACAAUAAAUAUAUUGUGUGUUUGUGUGUAUGUGUGUGUGUGUGUGUGUGUGAAAACUCUUAGAAAGAGGAAGGGAGAAAAUCGUACAAACUUACUGAGAGGUGAUCUACAGUUCUACAUUGUGAAGUACCACUGGGAGGAAGUUUUGUUAUGAUGUGCCCAAAGUUCAGACACAGGGACACUCUUAAAGGUCACCUAUCACCAUUUACCAUUACACUGUAAUACCCCUCCGCCCAAAACAUCUUCUGCAUUCGCCUAUUUUUAUAGAUUUAAUUUGAGUGAUCAUAAGUUACUCAUCAUUAUCGACUGCUGUGCUUCUUAAGACAUUUGUCACUUCGUCCUCCAUGAGUGUAAGAGCUUGUGAGUGUGUCUGUAUGUGUAUCUGUGUGGUGUCAAUCUGUCAAUAAGGUCAGUGACAUCACCAUGGAAACUGCCUGGCUUCGAUCACAACGUUUCCAGUGGUCUGUGAGAUGAGCACUGUUUGUUUUGUGGCUUUCCUUCAGUGACCAUCUCUCUCCACUCACCCCAGCACCCCGCCAGCUAACCCCACCUUAUUGUCUGUCUACUUUCCACUGUGCACACCCAGGGGCUAUGUUUAGUGUUGUUGUGUCAACCAACAAACAGGGUCUCUCAUUGGUGUGCUCCAGUGUACGUAGGCUGUGUGAUUAGGCAAUGCAGAAGUAAAUAGAACAGUCUGGGCAGUCCUGGUAGGUAUUUUCUCACAGCAGACCACAGACCUUUUUAGCACAGUAAAGCUACACCAUAUAAAUUCUUAACAGAUAAUGAACACAGUUUUUCAAUGGAAAGUAAUUGUAGCAUAAACUCAUAGACCCAACAUGAUCUGUACUGAUGUCAGUGAAUCAGGUUAUACUCCCCUUCCAUAACAAGCCUACUGACUGAUGCAGCUGUCUGUUACUCAGGCUCGGAACAAGCAGAACGGGGAGCUAGCGGCCAUCAAGGUCAUCAAGAUGGAGCCAGGUAAAAGAAGCCCCCUCUGUUACUACAGAUUCUAGAGACCACACAUGGGUUCAAAUCAAUGAUUUAUAUAUACACUAGAUGACUGAUAGGGGGCGCUGUGUUGAAGCCACCGUGCCUCCAUCUUGGCACUCCCCCACCAUUGUAAAAAAUAUUUUGGAAGCUAUAGAAAUGCAUUUAUUCAUGUCUACAUUACUUUUUGCCACAUGUAUUCUAUUACAGACACCUUUAUGCAUACUUUUAAAUAUAUUAUGUGAGCUAAACAUACAAAUAGAAAAUAAUAUAUAUAUAUAUACAUUUUUAAAUCCUUAAAGUAUAAUUUUUAUAGAUUACUAAUGUUACUGUCCCCACUACAACAACAAAACAUACUUAAAUACAUGUAAUUUUGUCCUUGAAACAUUUAAUUGAAAUAAUGUAGAAGUCCAUUCAUUCCUAUGGAGGACUGCUCCAACUGGAGAGUGCCAAUGUGGCUGACCGGUGGCUUCAAAGCCUCUCAAUGGCCAAUACAUAGCAUCAGCAAUCCAGGGUUUAUAUACAUCAUUGGUUCAUAUACUAUUUGAUAUCUUUCAAAUACUUGGAGCGUUUGCUUUAACCUGUCUGGAGUGCCAGGUGGGCGGGGUUUGGUCAUUCUUUACAUUUAUAUUGGUUCCAUUACAACAGGCAAGCUCAAUGGAGCACAAAUAUAGUAUUUGAAAUGAUUUCAAGUAGUAUUUGACCCCAGGUCAGAAAGAAAUCAACCUUUAAAUCCACAUUGGUUUCAGAUUUCUGCAGUAAUACCUGUGUCAAAUGUUCCAAAUCAAGAUGAUGUUGUGGUGCUAUAUUGUGACAUCAUCUGGCAUCCAUAUACAUUGCAGUGUGGUACAUGGUAUAAAAUAAUAUGAGAUGAUAUGACAUUUUCCCACACAGACGAGGACUUCUCAGUAAUCCAGCAGGAGAUCGUCAUCGUGAAGAGCUGCAAGCACCGCAACAUUGUGGCCUAUUAUGGCAGCUAUAUACGGUGAGUGGGCACUGAGCAGGCCCUCCCACACACAGCCACAUAUCAUACACUAGUUGGAAUGGGAUGAUACAGACUAAUUGGGAAUAUUAUCAGUUGUGAUCAUGAAAAUGUUACUGGGAGAAUAAACCUUUAAUAUGACAGAUGUGUGUGUGACAUGCGUGUGUUUCCAGGGCUAACAAGCUGUCGAUCUGCAUGGAGUUCUGUGGAGGAGGCUCACUCCAGGACGUCUACCAUGGUGUGUGUGUGUGUGUGUGUGUGUGUGUGUGUGUGUGUGUGUGUGUGUGUGUGUGUGUGUGUGUGUGUGUGUGUCAGCUUAAGUUGAUUUGUGAUGCAUCUCUUUAACUGAGAAAAGUUUGAAAAAACUCUGAGGAGGAAGGUGAAAAUAUUAGACAAACAAAAAGCGAGAGGUGAUCUACAGUAUGUGUGAAUGAAGGAGAAAUAAAGGAGUUUGAUCAGGCUUUGAAUACAGAUCAGACUCACAACCAGCAGGGUUUACUCUGUGAAGUACCUCUGGCAGGAAGUUAUGUAAUGUUAUGAUGUGCUCAAACACAGGGACACUCUUAAAGGUCACUUACACUCUUAGAAAACAAGGUGCUAUCUAGAACCUAAAAGAACCUUUGGCUGUCCCCAUAGGAGAACCUUUUGAAUAACAAUUUUUGGUUCCAGGUAGAACUCUUUUGAGUUCCAUGUAGAACCCUUUCCACAGAGAGUUCUACGUGGUAUCCAAAAGGGUUCUACCUGGAACCAAAAAGGGUUAUCCUAUGGGACAGCCAAAGAACCCUUUUGGAACCCUUUUUUCAAAGAGUAUCACCAUUGACCAUUACACUGCAAAACCCCUCCACCCAAAACAUAUUCUGCAUUUGCCUAUUUUUAUAGAUUUGAGUGAUCAUAAGUUACUCAUCAUUAUCGACUGCAGUGCUUCUUAAGACAUUUGUCACUUCGUCCUCUAGAGAAAUGUGUGUGUGUGUGUGUCUGUGUGUGUGGGUGGGUCAGCUGGAGCAGAUUACGAUCUACAACUGUAAGUUUAUAAAACAGCGUCCUACUUCACACCCCCUCUUCUCUCCCUUUAGUGACCGGGCCUCUCUCUGAGCUUCAGAUUGCAUUUGUCUGCAGGGAGAUGUUGCAGGUUAGACCACUCAUAUCACACAUUACAAUAUAGCAUGUAUAACAUGUCACUUGGCUGUUAUAGGUAAUAGUUUUGAUAUCUCCAGCUUUGAUAUCAACAUGUAACAGUGUACUAACUGUCUACCUGCAGGGUCUGGAUUAUUUACAUGGCCAGAAGAAGAUUCACAGAGAUAUAAAGGUGAGAUGACCAGGUUUGACUCCCUAAUCUGCUGGGAUGAGUUAUGCCUCUAAAAUUGUUAUGAAUGGCACAUAGGGGCAGGAGCCUAUCUCCUGUUUCAAUAGCAUGAGACAACUUGAUGUACUAGUACACCUCCUAGACAGGACGCUAGUCUGUCGCUAUGGGCCAUUCUGGCUCAGACAAGGCUUGCUUUAAGUUAUGAUGCAAUGUUUGUUGUGUUUUCCUGCUGUCCAGACAGCAUAUACUGUACACAGUGCUCUGUCGUGAUCGCUUGUGUCUCAUCUUCCUGUUGUCCAGGGUGCCAACAUCCUUCUGAAUGACCAAGGAGAGGUGAAGCUAGGUGUGUGACUGUGAAGCCCUAAUACACUCAUCAGGCAGUAAAUAACAUUCAUUUCUGUCCUCACAUAUUAAAUAAGUGACAUAUUUAUCGUCUGGCUGUUUAGCGGACUUUGGGAUUUCGGCACAGAUCACGGCUACUCUGGCACGGCGGAUGUCCUUCAUCGGGACUCCUUACUGGUGAGGUUUAAGGUCAAAUGAGUUCCCUCCCUGUGGCUCUUCUUGAGGUUGUAUCUGAUAUCAGAUGCUCUUGAUGUUGAUAGUAGCAGUUGCUGUUGUCCGUGUCUUUCAGGAUGGCGCCAGAGGUGGCUGCCGUGGAGAUAAAGGGGGGUUACAAUGAGCUGUGUGACGUGUGGUCUGUGGGAAUCACUGCAAUCGAGCUGGCUGAGCUGCAGCCUCCCUUUUUCGAUGUGCACCCACUACGGUAAUCACACACACACAAAUCAUUCCUCUCAACCCCCCCCCCCCCCCACCCCCCCUUACAUUCACACUCCCCGUAGAAAUAAUCAAGACUUUCCUCCUACCACACCCCCUCAUGUUCCAGUUGUAUAUACAUUCAUGCAUGCCGUUAACCAAUUACCCACAUGCCUACCCCCACUUUUUAAAAUUUAAUUUCACCUUUAUUUAUACAGGUAAGUUGAUUAAGAACUAAUUCUUAUUUACAAUGAUGACCUGUGACGACAUACAAACACACAAAAACACACACACAGACAGACCGACACACAGAAACCUCACAUCAAAGUCUUGUCUUUUCUCAGGGUGCUGUUCCUCAUGUCCAAAAGUGGCUACCAGCCUCCUAAACUAAAGGAAAAGGCCAAAUGGUAUGCAGUAAGACCAUUACUACCCGCUUGAGCUGUGGCAAUGAUACCUGUAUUCUUUAAUUCAGUCAAUUCAUCUACAGUCUGUAAUAUGCAGUUGGUAUUUUCUUCUACCAAUUUCAUGUUAGGUCCUCGAUUUUCUAUAACUUUGUCAAGGCGAUGCUGAUCAGGAACACUAAGAAGAGACCCAGUGCCUCAAAGAUGCUGACAGUGAGUAAACCUCAAGAAACUCAGAGAAUAUAUCUUCUCUGCUAGAUCUCACUCACUCACCCACCUCUCCUCUUUCUCCUUCCCUCACCUUUCCUAAAAAUGCCCUAGCUAGAAUAGUGAAAGUGGGAAGUAAGAUCACGGGAGUCCAGCAGAGUAGUCUGUCAGACCUGUACAACAGACAAAUGGUGAGGAAGGCAGAAUCCAUCCUGUCUGACUGUGCCCACCCCCUACAACAUUUACAUUUACAUUUUAGUCAUUUAGCAGACGCUCUUAUCCAGAGCGACUUACAGUUAGUGAGUGCAUUCAUUAUUGUUUUAUUUUUUCAUACUGGCCCCCCGUGGGAAACGAACCCACAACCCUGGCGUUGCAAACGCCAUGCUCUACCAACUGAGCUACAUCCCUGCCGGCCAUUCCCUCCCCUACCCUGGACGACGCUGGGCCAAUUGUGCGCCGCCCCAUGGGUCUCCCGGUCGCGGCCGGCUACGACAGAGCCUGGAUUCGGGAGUACUGUUUCAAUUAUGAUUAACUUCUAAAUUACACUGCUAUCGCCAAAUGCACAGAGCACAAAAAUAUCAAAAUGUAUUUCUCCACCAAGUCAGCCUCGUUUAGGCCCAUGAGUUCCAGGUCCUACCCUGUGGCUCCCAGUUUAGAUUCCCCACUGUUAAGACUAACCGGUACAAGCACUCCCUUACCCUUAUGGCCCUUUUCAAUACAGGGAAGUGAAGGAGGUAAGGCUAGGAAUGAUGAUGAUUUUGAGGAUGACGAUGGUAAUAUGUUGAUGAUGGUAGUGUUGAAGUUGAUGUUUUUUAGUUUUUGUCAGCACAUUGUUGAUAUGUUGUUGACGAGAUGAUCAAAAAAUGCACUGAGCACUUUACUUAUUAGGCAACUUUGGCUUGCUAUACGUUGUGCUGCUGCUAAUGUUGACCACUAGUAGACCUACUGUAUACACUGACUAUACCAAACAUUAAGAACACCUCCUAAUAUUGAGUUGCACCCCCUUUUGACCUCAGAACAGCCUCAAUUCUUCAGGGCAAGGUGUCGAAAGUGUUCCACAGGGAUGCUGGCCCAUGUUGACUCCAAUGCUUCCCACAGUUGUGUCAAGUUGGCUGGAUGUCCUUUGGGGGGGUGGACCAUUCUUGAUACACACCGGAAACUGUUGAGCGUGAAAAACCCAGCAGCAUUGCAGUUCUUGACACAAACCGGUGCGCCUGGUACCCACUACCAUACCCCGUUCAAAGGCAUUUAAAUAUUUUGUCUGGCCCAUUCACCCUCUCAAUGGCACACAUACGCAAUCCAUGUCUCAAUUGUCUCAAGGCCUAAAAAUCCUUCUUUAACCUGUCUCCUUGUGACGAGUACUGGGGAUACGAAGAGGCAGGAUGCAGAUGCAGGAAUAAACAAGGAUAAAGGUUUACUUAACAAUGAGAAAGAGAAUAACAAAGAGCGAGUAAACGACACGACGCUAACAAUUACACACAACAAUGACUGAACAGUCCAGUGGUGGUGAUGAAAUGAGGUGCAGGUGCGCUGGAGGUGAUUAGGGUACGUUGGGUUUCCAUUCCUGUGUUGCCGAGGUGGUGCGCUCAGACCGGUGGCUCAGUAGACUGGCGAAUCAGAGCGCCGGAGGGGAGCGAAUUAGGUUGGGGUCCAGAACGUCUCCAGCCGGAACCCAGCUCCUCUCCUCAGGGCCAUACCCCUCCCAGUCGACCAGGUAACGGAGCCAUCCCCCACGGAACCUGGAGUCCAGCAGGUCCCUCACAGCAUACGCCGGACUCCCGUCAAUGUCCAGGGGCGGAGGGGGCGUACCCCGGGGAACGGCAUCCGCCAGAGGACCAGGAACCACCGGCCUGAGGAGAGACACAUGAAAAGAGGUGAGACACGGUAGUGAGGGGGAAGGAGCAGCCGGUACGACACCUCAUUAAUCCGCCGGAGGACCUUAAACGGCCCCACAAACCGGGGGCUCAGUUUCUUGCAGGGCAGGCGGAGAGGGAGGUUUCGAGUGGACAGCCAGACACGAUCACCAGGCUGGAAUACGGGAGCCUCACUGCGGUGGCGGUCUGCUUGGUCCUGCCGACGAAUGGCCCUCUGGAGAUGGACAUGGGCGGAUUCCCAGACCUGUCCAGCCCUGCGGAACCAUUCGUCGACAGCGGGCGCAUCGUUCUGGCUGGGUGUCCAAGGGGCCAGGGCUGGCUGGUACCCCAGGACGCAUUGGAAGGGAGUGAGCCCCAUGGAGGAGUGAACGAGGGAGUUCUGGGCAUAUUCUUCCCAGGGAAGAAACCUCGCCCACUCACCCUGCCGGUCCUGACAGUGGCAACGAAGAAACCUCCCCAGCUCCUGGUUCAUGUGCUCCACCUGCCCAUUUGACUGAGGCCUAUACCCGGAAGUGAGGCUGGCCGUGGUCCUGAUCUUCUCCUGGAAAGCCUUCCACACUCGGGAGGUGAAUUGGGGGCCAUGGUCCGAGACGAUGUCCUCCGGAAGUCCAUAGUGCCGGAAGACCUAUUAGAACAGGACCUCAGCGACCUGGAGAGCAGAAGGAAGAGCAGUUAGUGGCAAAAAACGGCAUGAUUUUGAGAACCGAUCUACGACCACCAUGACUGUGGUGAAGCCGUCAGAACGUGGGAGGUCGGUGACAAAGUCUAUGGACAGGUGUGACCAAGGUCGCUGAGGCACUGGUAGAUGAACUAGUUUGCCUGCCGGGGCGUUCCGAGGUGUCUUCGUUUGGGAACAUAUGGAACAGGAGUUGACAUAGCGAGAGACAUCAGUAGCCAAGGUGGGCCACCAGUAUUUUUGUGAUAGAGAAUGCAGAGAAUGCAGGGUGCGCGUAAUACCGGAGUGCCCUGCCAUAAGGGUGGUGUGCGCCCAGAUCAGCAGGCGGUCACGGACACUGGUGGGUACAUAUACGUGCCCUGGAGGGGCGUUGGCAGGCGCUGGGUCCUCCUGAGCCGCCAGGCGGAUGUCUUCGUCCACAUCCCAAACGACAGGUGCAACAAUGAGAGAUGGGGGCAGGAUAGGACCCCCCCAGAUCCUUCCUUUCUCCGGUAUGGUGCAUCCUGGAGAGUGCGUUGGCUUUCACAUUCUGGGAUCCUGGGCGGUAGGACAGAAUUAACUGAAAGCGAGUAAGAAAUUGGGCCCACCUGGCUUGAAGAGAGUUCAUCCGUUUCGCUGCCCAUAUGUACUCCAAAUUCCGGUGGUCAGUAAGAAUCCGGAAUGGAUGGACUGCACCCUCCAGCCAGUGUCUCCAUUCCUCCAGAGCGAGGACCACCGCCAACAGCUCCUGGUCUCCAACUCCAUAGUUCCUCUCUGCGGGGGUAAGCUUUUUAGAGAAAAAGGCACAGGGAUACAUUUUCUCUGGCUUACCUUGCUGCUGGGAGAGGACCGCACCCACGUCCUCCUCAGAUGCGUCCACCUCCAGGAUGAAAGGUCAAGAUGGAUCUGGGUGUUUUAGGAUGGGCGCUGUGGUGAACCUUCUCCUUCAGCCUCUUGAAGACAGUGUCAGCCUCAGGGUUCCAGGCCAACUUCUGAGGCCCACCCUUAAGGAGAGAGGUGAGCGGGGCAGCUAUGGAGCUGAAGGACCUGAUGAAACACCAGUAGAAAUUGACGAAGCCCAGGAAGCUCUGUAGGCCCUUGAUGGUGGUGGGGACUGGCCAUGACCUGACGGCGUCCGUCUUCUCUCUUUCCAUGAACACCCCCUGAGGACUGAUCCUGUAUCCCAGGAAGGAGAUGGCCUGUUGGUGGAAUUUGCAAUUCACCCCCUUCACCAACAGGCUGUGUUCCCGGAGGCGGAGUAGGCCAGAUCUGACGUCCCUGACGUGCUCCUAGAACGUAGCCGAGUACAUCAGGAUAUCAUCGAUGUACACCACCACCUGUCUACUCAGCAUGUCUCGGAACAACACGUCAUUGACGAAGGACUGGAACACAGAAGGUGCGUUGGCGAGGCCGUAGGGCAUGACGCAGUAUUCAUAGUGGCCUAAGGUAGUGCUGAAUGCGGUCUUCCACUCGUCUCCUUCCCGGAUUCGGAUCAGGUUGUAGGCACUCCUCAGGUCCAACUUGGUAAAGUACCGGGCCCCUCGUAGCUGCUCGAUGGCCGAUGGAACCAGAGGGAGGGGGUACCGGUACUUGGUGGUGACUUUGUUCAGCCCCCUGUAGUCAAUGCACGGCCUCAGUCCUCCGUCUUUUUUGGCCACGAAGAAGAAACUGACGGAGGCAGGAGAGGUAGAGCGUCUGAUGAACCCCUGUUUCAGGGUCUCCGCAACAUACUUCUCCAUGGCCACAGUCUCCGCCAUGGAAAGGGAGUAAAUGCGACUCGGCGGGGGGUGUUGUCCCCCCAGCAGGUCAAUGGCGCAGUCCCAGGGCCUGUGAGGAGGGAGACACCUAGCCUUUGAUGAAGAGAAGACAUUGGAGAGAUCUGCGUACUCACGUGGAAUGUUGGGCUGGAGGGCGGACUCCGGACUCUCCACUGACGUGGAACAACAAACCACCGGCAGGCAGGUCUUCCGGCAUGAGGUGGACCAGGCUGGGAUCCUCUUGGUGAUGCAAUUGAUGGUGGGGUUGUGUAGUCUGUGCCAGGGCAAUCCCAAGACGAUCCGGUGAAGGGGUGACGUGACGAUGUGGAAUGACAGCUCCUCGUGGUGCUCCGGUAGUGUGGGAAUGGUGAUGGUGAUGGGGAGAGGGACGUGCGUAAUGGUGCCUGAUCAAAUCAAAUCAAAUCGUAUUUGUCACAUACACGUGUUUAGCAGAUGUUAUAGCGGGUGUAGUGAAAUGCUUGUGCUUCUAGCUCCGACAGUGCAGUAAUAUCUAACAAGUAAUAUCUAACAAUUUCACAACAUAUACCCGAUACACACAAAGCUAGUGAGGAAUGGGAUUUAAGAAUAUAUACAUAUAUGGACAAGCAAUUACAGAGCGGCAUGGACUAAGAUACAGUAGAAUAUUAUAGAAUAGAAUGCAGUAUAUACAUAUGAGAUGAGUAGUGCAAGAUAUGUAAACAUUAUUAAAGUGACUAGUGUUCCAUUCCUUCGUGUGGCAGUGAUUUCAAUAGGCAACAGCAGCCUCUAAUGUGCUAGUGAUGGCUAUUUAACAGUCUGAAGGCCUUGAGAUAGAAGCUGUUUUUCAUUCUCUCGGUCCUAGCUUUGAUGCACCUGUACUGACCUCGCCUUCUGGAUGAUAGCGGGGUGAACAGGCAGUGGCUCGUGUGGUUGAUGUCCUUGAUGAUCUUUUUGGCCUUCCUGUGACAUCGGGUGCUGUAUGUGUCUUGGAGGGUGGGUAGUUUGCCCCCGGUAAUGCGUUCGGCAGACCGCACCACCCUCUGGAGAGCCCUGCGAUUGUGGGCAGUGCAGUUGCCGUACCAGGCGGUGAUACAGCCCGACAGGAUGCUCUCAAUUGUGCAUCUGUAAAAGUUUGUGAGGGUUUUAGGUGCUAUGCCGAAUUUCUUCAGCCUCCUGAGGUUGAAGAGGCUCUGUUGCGCCUUCUUCACCACACUGUCUGCGUGGGUGGACCAUUUCAGUUUGUCGGUGAUGUGUAUGCCAAGGAACUUGAAGCUUUCCACCUUCUUCACUGCGGUCCCGUCGAUGUGAAUAGGGGGGUGCACCCUCUGCUGUUUCCUGAAGUCCACGAUCAUCUCCUUUGUUUUGUUGAUGUUGAGUGAGAGGUUAUUUUCCUGGAAGCACACUCCCAGAGCCCUCACCUCCUCCCUGUAGGCGGUCUCGUCAUUGUUGGUAAUAAAGCCUACUGCUGUUGUGUCGUCUGCAAACUUUGAUUGAGUUGGAGGCGUGCUUGGCCAUGCAGUCAUGCAGUCAUGGGUGAACAGGGAGUACAGGAGGGGGCUGAGGACGCACCCUUGUGGGGCCCCAGUGUUGAGGAUCAGCAAAGUGGAGAUGUUGUUUCCUACCUUCACCACCUGGGGGUGGCCCGUCAGGAAGUCCAGGACCCAGUUGCACAGGGCGGGGUUCAGACCCAAUCUUGAAGCGUGGAUUCCGAUUGGUCAGACCAGCGUUGAAUAGUCCUUAGCACGGGUACUUCCUGUUUGAGUUUCUGCCUAUAGGAAGGGAGAAGCAAAAUGCAGUCGUGGUCAGAUUUGCCGAAAAGAGGGCGGAGGAGGGCCUUAUAACCAUCCCGGAAGUUCGAAUAGCAAUGGUUGAGGAUUUUGGCAGCGCGAGUACAACAGUCGAUAUGUUGAUAGAACUUCGGCAGCCUAGUCCUCAAAUUUGCUUUGUUAGAAUCCCCGGCUACAAUAAAUGCAGCCUCAGGAUAUGUGGUUUCCAGUUUGCAUAAGGUCCAGUGAAGUUCUUUGAGGGCCGUCAUGGUAUCGGCUUGAGGGGAGAUAUACACGACCGUGACUAUAACCGAAGAAAAUUAUCUUGGGAGAUAAUACGGUCGGCAUUUGAUUGUGAGAUAUUCUAGGUCGGGUGAACAGAAGGACUCAAGUUCCUGUAUGUUACUACAAUUACACCAUGAGUCGUUAAACAUGAAACACACACCUCCGCCGUUCUGCUUCCCAGAGAGAUAUUUAUUCCUCUCUGCGCGAUGAACUGAGAACCCAUCUGGCUGGACCGAUUUCGACAGAAUAUCCCAAGAGAGCCAUGUUUCUGUGAAACAGAGUAUGUUACAGGCCUUGAUGUGUCUCUGGAAAGAAAUCCUUGCCCGUAGUUCGUCGAGCUUGUUAACCAGAGACUGAACAUUAGCGAGUAGUAUACUUGGAAGCGGUGGGUGGUGUGCACGCCUCCUAAGUCGAACCAGCAGGCCGCUCUGAGUGCCUCUCCUCUGCUGGCGAUGUUUUGGGUCAGCCGCUGGAAUCAGUUCAGUUGCCCUGGGGAGAGCAAACAAAGGAUCUGCUUCGGGAAAGUCAUAUUCCUGGUCGUAAUGCUGGUGAGUUACCGCCGCUCUGAUAUCCAAUAGUUUUUCCCGGCUGUAUGUAAUGAUGCCAAACACUCAGAGCUAAUAAUGUAAAAAAUUAUACAUAAAAAACUAAAUACUGCAAAGUUUCCUAAGAGCUAGUCGCGAGGCCACCAUCUUCGUCGGCGCCAGGUAGUGUAAGUGAUCCAAGUGGUUUAUUGUCCAGCGAGGAAGGCAGUGGCACGGUGGGCAACCAGAGACCAGGUCCCUAUCUAUAAGGUUCCCCGCUGAUCCGGAAUCUAUCAUUGCAGUGGAAAUUGGAAGAGAAGGAAUAACCAGUCACCGUUAUGGGAACUAAAAACAAUGGUUUUGUGAUAGGAGAUGAUGUAACACUCACGGAGCGGUGACGGGAGUCAUACCGCCUAGAUUGGGAGCCGCAAUGAGAUCUGUGGUCAUCUAGGGGGUGCUGCCCACCUCCAUGGGUGAGGACUCGGAGGUAGGGCGGCUUCCAUAGCUCAGAUGGGGUGAGCGUCGAGGCUCCGGGAGGUGUUGGGCACACCGUCUGUCUCUCAACAUGUCGUCAAGAUGGUUGGACGUGGCGAUGACGGUAUCAAGGUCCAUCUCGUCGUCCCAACAUGCGAGUACCGUCUUGAUGUCCUCCCGUAAGCCUCUCCUGAAGGCCGUGCGCAGAGCAUGCUCAUUCCAGCCGGAAGACGCCGCCACCGCGCGAAAGCUCAGCGUAUACUUGGACGCGGGCCCCUCUCCCUGUUGUAGCUGGAGGAGACACUCACCCCCGUCCUUUCCCUCCGUGGGAUGAUCAAACACCGCCCUGAACCAAGCGAAGAAGGUGGAGUAGGGAAGCGCCACGGCCUCUCCUCCUUCCCAGACUGCGUGGCCCAAUCCAGCGCCUUUCCUUUAAGUAGCGAAAUCACCAGCGCUAUCCUGGCUUGGUCAGAUGGAUAUGCCCCAGGCUGACGCGCCAGAUAAAGUGAAACCUGUAGCAGGAAGCCGCUACAUUUAGUAGCGUUACCGUCAUAGCGCUCCGGUAGGGUGAGGGGUACCUCAGAAGUUGGUGAUAGCACGGGAACAGGUGGACUGGGUGCACUCGCCGCUCCCUGAGGUGGAACCGGAGCGCUGGGCAGAUUAUGCAGAGUUUGGAGCACUUCCUACAUGGCGGCAUUCAACUGGGCAAGCUGCUGCUGGUGCUGGUCGAGGCACUGGGAAACUCCAGGAGGAUUACCUGUUGCAUCCAUUUUCGUGAGAGGUGUGUAAUUCUGUGACGAGUACUGAGGAUACGAAGAGGCAGGACGCAGACGCAGGAAUAAACAAGGAUAAAGGUUUACUUAACAAUGAGAAAGAGAAUAACAAAGAACGCGUAAACGACACGACGCUAACAGUUACACACAACAAUGACUGAACAGUCCAGGGCUAUAUAGUGGUGGUGAUGAGAUGAUGAGGUGUAGGUGCGCUGGAGGUGAUUAGGGUGCAUUGGGUUUCCAUUCCUGUGUUGCCGAGGUGGUGCGCUCAGACCGGUGGCUCAGUGGACCGGCGAAUCAGAGCGCCGGAGGGGAGCAACGGGAGGAGACGUGACACUCCUCCCCUUCAUCUACACUGAUUGAAGUGGAUUUAACAAGUGACGUCAAUAAGGGAUCAUAGCUUUCACCUGGAUUUACCUGGUCAGCCUAUGUACACUCAGUGUAUGUGUCUAUUAAUGGCUGUAAGUCCUAUGACUUCAUGUACUAGCCCAUUGUAUUUACUACAACUGUGUGUCAAUGUGAUCCUUGUGGAUUUUAUAUGUUCAAUGUUGUUUUUAUGCUCCAAUUGCCUUCUUGCCCAGUCUGGGAGAGAUAAAGUUGAAACUUGAGUUUGUCUAUUCAUCUCUUGUAAUCACUUUACUCCUUUUUCUCUCCCUGAUUCCCCCCCCCUCUCUCGCUCUCUCUCUCUCUGUCCUGCAGCACCUGUUUCUGACCCAGCCGUGUCUGAGACAGGAUCUGAUCUUGGAUCUGCUGGAGAAGCUGCAUCACCCUGAGAAACUGAAGCCCUGCCUGCCGUCUGAGGAGGAGGACGUGGAGGUCAGAGCAUCACACACAUACCCUCUACAAUCAAACACACACACACACACAAACACACACACACCGUAAUGUAAUAUAGUAACAGACCUUGUCUACACAAUACACAUGAAUGAUACAGAUCAAUACACAUGAUCACACAAUGUAAAAGAUAUGUAAAAUGUAAGAAUGCAAUACUCAUGGCUAUAUGAUGAUAUCUCCUAAAGGUUGUGGUACCAGGCUCCUUGAGAAGGAUUCACUCCAUUAACAGACACAACCAGGCAGAGAGAACCAACUCCGACAUCAGCUGUGAGAAAUAUAUAUAUUUGAUUUCAUUUGUGAACCUGUCCAGGAAAUGUUAUCGGUUGUAUAUACAGUGCAUUCGGAAAGUAUUCAGACUCCUUUGCUUUUUCCACAUUUUGUUACGUUACAGCCUUAUUCUUAAAUUAAUUAAAUAAAUAAAAAUCCUCUACAAUCUACACACAAUACCCCAUAAUGAUGAAAACAUGUUUUUAGAAAUGUUUGCUAAUUUAUUAAAAAUAAAGAACAGAAAUACCUUGUUUACAUAAGUAUUCAGACCCUUUGCUGUGAGACUCGAAAUUGAGCUCAGGUGCAUUCUGUUUCCAUUGAUCAUCCUUGAGAUGUUUCUACAACUUGAUUGGAGUCCACUUGUGGUAAAUUCAAUUGAUUGAACAUGAUUUGGAAAGGCACACGCCUGUCUAUAUAAGGUCCCACAGUUGACAGUGCAUGUCAGAGCAAAAGCCAAGCCAUGAGGUUGAAGGAAUUGUCCAUAUAGCUCCGAGACAGGAUUGUGUCGAGGCACAGAUCUAGGGAAGGGUACCAAAAAAUGUCUGCAGCAUUGAAGGUCCCCAAGGACAUAGUGGCCACCAUUAUUCUUAAAGGGAAAAAGUUUAGAACCACCAAGACUCUUCCUAGAGCUGGCCGCCUGGCCAAACUGAGCAAUCGGGUGAGAAGGGUCUUGGUCAGGGAGGUGACCAAGAACCUGAUGGUCACUCUGACAGAGCUCCAGAGUUCCUAUGUAGAGAUGGGAGAACCUUCCAGAAGGACAACCAUCUCUGCAGUACUCCACCAACCAGACGGAAGCCACUACUCAGUAAAAGGCACAUGACGGACUGCUUGGAGUUUGCCAAAAGACACCUAAAGGACUCUCAGACCAUGAGAAACAAGAUGCUCUGGUCUGAUGAAACUAAGAUUGAACUCUUUGGCCUGAAUGCCAAGCGUCAUGUCUGGAGGUAACCUGGCACCAUCCCUACGGUGAAGCAUGGUGGUGGCAGCAUCAUGCUGUGGGGAUGUUUUUCAGCAGCAGGGAGACUAGUCAGGAUCAAGGGAAAGAUGAAUGGCGCAAAGUACAGAGAGAUCCUUGAUGAAAACCUGCUCCAGAGCGCUCAGGACCUCAGACUGGGGCAAAGGUUCACCUUCCAACAGGACAAUGACACAGGAGUGGCUUUGGGACAAGUCUCUGAAUGUCCUUGAGUGGCCCAGCCAGAGCCCAGUCUUGAACCCGAUCGAACAUCUCUGGAGAGACCUGGAAAUAGCUGUGCAGCGACGCUCCCCAUCGAACCUGACAGAGCUUGAGAGGAUCUGCAGAGAAGAAUGGGAGAUACUCCCCAAAUACAGGUGUGCCAAGCUUGUAGCGUCAUACCCAAGAAGACACAAGGCUAUAAUCGCUGCCAAAUGUGCUUCAAUAAAGUAUUGAGUAAAGGGUCUGAAUACUUAUGUAAAUGUGAUAUUUCCGUUAAAAAAUAAAAUAAUUUAUUAGCAAACAUUUCUAAAAACCUGUUUUUGCUUUGUCAUUAUGGGGUAUUGUGUGUAGAUCGAUGUGGAGAAAAAAAAACAUUUAAUCCAUUUUAGAAUAAGGCUGUAACGUAAUAAAAUGUGGAAAAAGUAAAGGGGUCUGAAUACUUUCGCAAUGCACUGUACAUGUGUAACUAAUCAUUGGAUUGGUGUGUGUCUGUGUGUGUGUCUGUUUGUGUGUGUGUGUUAUCAGUGGAGCAGCUCUACACCAGGAGGCCAGUAAAGACAGCCUCACCAGAAGCAACGGUAAGUGUGUGUGUGUAUGAGUGUGUCCAUGUGUGUACCUGUGGUGGUAUCCAUGCCUGCGUACCACUGUGCUUUCUAGUGUGUAUACAGAUGUAGGCCUGUGUAUCUUAUUGAUCAGAAUCUUCUGUCAUUGUCUUUCUGUACUUCAGGUACGACCUACAGUACAGUGUCGCACACUGGGAUCCACUGGCAGCGACAAGAGCCUAAUCAGGUAUGCGGAUUACUGCUUAGAAUGCCAAUAACACACUGACUGAUGGCUCCAUCAUCGCCAAGUCUUCCACUUACAGGACAAAUGAUCCAAUGAGCCAUGAGAAGGCCACUGUUGACUACCGAUCUUAUCUGGCACUGUGUUGAUCUCUUUCCCUUUCUCUCUUUCCCAUAGAGACCAAUGCAUGGACUCAGAUGAUGACUAUGAUGACGUGGACAUGUAAUCAUGAUUCACAGUUGAUUAUUAAUUCAUCAAUUUAUUGAAAUGUCUUCAGUUGUACAUUUGUCUGAGUUUUGACAACCCUCUCUCUCUCUUCUCUCUAUCUUCUUUCCACAGUCCCACCAUCUGCCCCAGAAGGUAAGCAAUCCUACUGAGACAUACUUCACCCAUUCACUCUGAUCUGUAUUUCUGGGCCCAUAUUCAUAGUCCCAGAGUAGUGGUGCUGAUUGAUCAGCACCCCCUCUCUUAUCCAUUAUGAUAAAACUGAUCCUAGAUUAGCACUCUGAGACACUUUGUGAAUACAGGUUUGGAUGUACACACUUAGAAAGAAGGGUUCCAAAAGGGUUCUUCGGCUGUCCCUAUAGGAUAACCCUUUUUGUAAAGGGUUCUAGGUGGAACCAAAAAGGGUUCUUCAAAGGGUUUUCCUAUGACGAAUAACCUUUUUUUUCUAAGAGCGUACUGUAUUUCUCGAGUCGAUGGACUACUCUCAACAUCAUUGUCUUUACCAUUGUUAGGUUCUGAACAAACGGAGUAAAAACUCACGAACAACUAGUAAAAAGUUCAAAUCAAGUUUAUUCACCCACUGGGUCAAACAGCUGUCUUAUACCAGUGUCACGCUUCACAUAACACACAUAACCAAAAUGAUUCACGGUUGUCUUCCUAUUUCCACAUAAUCAAAUCAAAUCAAAUCAAAUCAAAUUUUAUUGGUCACAUGCGCCGAAUACAACAGGUGCAGACAUUACAGUGAAAUGCUUACUUACAGCCCUUAACCAACAGUGCAUUUAUUUUUAACAAAAAAAGUAAAAAUAAAACAACAAAAAAAGUGUUGAGAAAAAAAGAGCAGAAGUAAAAUAAAAUAACAGUAGGGAGCCUAUAUAUACAGGGGGGUACCGGUGCAGAGUCAAUGUGCGGGGGCACCGGCUAGUUGAGAUGGUUGAAGUAAUAUGUACAUGUGGGUAGAGUUAAAGUGACUAUGCAUAAAUAAUUAACAGAGUAGCACCAGCGUAAAAAGGAUGGGGUGGGGGGGCAGUGCAAAUAGUCCGGGUAGCCAUGAUUAGCUGUUCAGGAGUCUUAUGGCUUGGGGGUAGAAGCUGUUGAGAAGUAUUUUGGACCUAGACUUGGCACUCCGGUACCGCUUGCCGUGUGGUAGCAGGGAGAACAGUCUAUGACUAGGGUGGCUGGAGUCUUUGACAAUUUUGAGGGCCUUCCUCUGACACCGCCUGGUAUAGAGGUCCUGGAUGGCAGGAAGCUUGGCCCCAGUGAUGUACUGGGCCGUACGCACUACCCUCUGUAGUGCCUUGCGGUCGGAGGCCAAGCAGUUGCCAUACCAGGCGGUGAUGCAACCAGUCAGGAUGCUCUCGAUGGUGCAGCUGUAGAAUUUUUUGAGGAUCUGAGGACCCAUGCCAAAUUUUUUCAGUCUCCUGAGGGGGAAUAGGCUUUGUCGUGCCCUCUUCACGACUGUCUUGGUGUGUUUGGACCAUGAUAGUUCGUUGGUGAUGUGGACACCAAGGAACUUGAAGCUCUCAACCUGUUCCACUACAGCCCCGUCGAUGAGAAUGGGGGCGUGCUCAGUCCUCUUUUUUUUCCUGUAGUCCACAAUCAUCUCCUUUGUCUUGGUCACGUUGAGGGAGAGGUUGUUGUCCUGGCACCACACGGCCAGGUCUCUGACCUCCUCCCUAUAGGCUGUCUCAUCGUUGUCGGUGAUCAGGCCUACCACUGUUGUGUCGUCGGCAAACUUAAUGAUGGUGUUGGAGUCGUGCCUGGCCAUGCAGUCAUGGGUGAACAGAGAGUACAGGAGGGGACUGAGCACGCACCCCUGAGGGGCCCCCGUGUUGAGGAUCAGUGUGGCAGAUGUGUUGUUACCUACCCUUACCACCUGGGGGCGGCCCGUCAGGAAGUCCAGGAUCCAGUUGCAGAGGGAGGUGUUUAGUCCCAGGAUCCUUAGCUUAGUGAUGAGCUUAGAGGGCACUAUGGUGUUGAAUGCUGAGCUGUAGUCAAUGAAUAGCAUUCUCACGUAGGUGUUCCUCUUGUCCAGGUGGGAAAGGGUAGUGUGGAGUGCAAUAGAGAUUGCAUCAUCUGUGGAUCUGUUGGGGCGGUAUGCAAAUUGGAGUGGGUCUAGGGUUUCUGGGAUAAUGCUGUUGAUGUGAGCCAUGACCAGCCUUUCAAAGCACUUCAUGGCUACAGACGUCAGUGCUACGGGUCGGUAGUCAUUUAGGCAGGUUAUCUUAGAGUCCUUGGGCACGGGGACUAUGGUGGUCUGCUUGAAACAUGUUGGUAUUACAGACUCAGUCAGGGACAUGUUGACAAUGUCAGUGAAGACACUUGCCAGUUGGUCAGCACAUGCUCGGAGUACACGUCCUGGUAAUCCGUCUGGCCCUGCUGCCUUGUAAAUGUUGACCUGCUUAAAAGUCUUACUCACAUCGGCUACGGAGAGCGUGAUCACAUAGUCAUCCGGAACAGCUGGUGCUCUCAUGCAUGCUUCAGUGUUGCUUGCCUCGAAGCGAGCAUAGAAGUGGUUUAGCUCGUCUGGUAGGCUUGUGUCACUGGGCAGCUCGCGGCUGUGCUUCCCUUUGUAGUCUGUAAUAGUUUUCAAGCCCUGCCACAUCCGACGAGCGUCAGAGCCAGUGUAGUACGAUUCAAUCUUAGCCCUGUAUUGACUCUUUGCCUGUUUGAUAGUUCGUCGGAGGGCAUAGCGGGAUUUCUUAUAAGCGUCCGGGUUAGAGUCCCGUUCCUUGAAAGCGGCAGCUCUACCCUUUAGCUCAGUGCGGAUGUUUCCUGUAAUCCAUGGCUUCUGGUUGGGGUAUGUACGUACGGUCACUGUGGGGACGACAUCAUCGAUGCACUUAUUGAUGAAGCCAGUGACUGAUGUGGUGUACUCCUCAAUGCUGUCUGAAGAAUCCCGGAACAUGUUCCAGUCUGUGCUAGCAAAACAGUCCUGUAGCUUAGCAUCUGCGUCAUCUGACCACUUUUUUAUUAACCGAGUCACUGGUGCUUCCUGCUUUAGUUUUUGCUUAUAAGCAGGAAUCAGGAGGAUAGAGUUAUGGUCAGAUUUGCCAAAUGGAGGGCGAGGGAGAGCUUUGUAUGCGUCUCUGUGUGUGGAGUAAAGGUGGUCUAGAGUUUUUUUUCCUCUGGUUGCACAUUUAACAUGCUGGUAGAAAUUAGAUAGAACGGAUUUAAGUUUCCUUCCAUUAAAGUCCCCGGCCACUAGGAGCGCUGCAUCUGGAUGAGCGUUUUCCUGUUGAUUUAUGGCCUUGUACAACUCAUUCAGUGCAAUCUUAAUGCCAGCAUUGGUUUGUGGUGGUAAAUAGACAGCUAUGAAAAAUAUAGAUGAAAACUCUCUUGGUAAAUAGUGUGGUCUACAGCUUAUCAUAAGAUACUCUACCUCAGGCGAGCAAAACCUCGAGACUUCCUUAGUAUUUGAUUUUGUGCACCAGCUGUUGUUUACAAAUAUACACAGACCGCCACCCCUUGUCUUAUCGGAGUCAGCCGUUCUAUCCUGCCGAUGUAGCGUAUAGCCCGCUAGCUGUAUGUUAUCAUUGUCGUCGUUCAGCCACGACUCGGUGAAACAUAGGAUAUUACAGUUUUUAAUGUCCCGUUGGUAGGAUAACCGUAAUCUUAGGUCAUCCAAUUUGUUAUCCAAUGAUUGAAGAUUGGCUAAUAGGAUUGAUGGAAGAGGCAGUUUACUCGCUCGCCGUCGGAUCCUUACAAGGCACCCCGAUCUACGUCCACGAUAUCUCCGUCUCUUCCUCACGCGAAUGACGGAGAUUUGGGCCUUGUCGGGUGUCUGUAUGAUAUCCUUCGUGGCCGCCUCGUUGAAGAAAAAAUCUUCGUCCAAUACGAGGUGAGUAAUCGCUGUCCUGAUAUCCAGAAGCUCUUUUUGGUUAUAAGAGAGUCACGGUUCUCCGCCCCAAAAGGGCAUAAACCAACCUCUCUCCUUAUUGCUACUGCUAAUACACAUGAAUCAUGUUCAAACAACGUUCAACUAUCUGCUUUGCUCCUCCAGAACUUAUAGACUUCUAUCACCAUCCACUGACCAUGUUUCAUCUUUAAGCACAGAUAUCCUCGGAUAUCUCCUAUUCUCCACCGAAUGCACUGGCUGCCUUUGUCCUUCUUCAUUGACUACUUCUCUACAACCUAUCAUACUAGUACACAAGCAUGACAAUUUAUCCAUACACACACACACUCUACGCCUCACGGCCACCGCGGCUGGGACUUUUGGCCACUUACGGAUCUCGCAGAGGAACACUCCCACUCAGGACCUAUCCUUACGGAACCUACCCUACACCAAAUAUUUACGACCAGUCGUUACACAAUGGGCCUACUGAAUAAACUCAGGCUUUCUAGGUCCGUAUCCUAUAAUUGUUCAGCCUACGAUCCUCAUCUCCCCAAGAUGUCAGAAUGAGUGGUAACAGGUGUAGGAACUGUGCCUACCUUGUGUUUGCUGCCAGCUCCUGUUUCUCUGAUUCGGACUCUCUAGUUCGACUGUAAAUCGUGGUGAAUCCUGCCGACAACGCCAACUGUUAGGUUCUGAAGAAAGGGAGUACAAACUCCCGGACAACUAGUAAAAAGCUCAAACCAAGUUUAUUCACCCACUGGGUCAAACAGCUGCAAAGACAAAGACAUGAUUACACAAGCACAUACAGUGGGGAGAACAAGUAUUUGAUACACUGCCGAUUUUGCAGGUUUUCCUACUUACAAAGCAUGUAGAGGUGUAUCAUAGGUACACUUCAACUGUGAGAGACGGAAUCUAAAACAAAAAUCCAGAAAAUCACAUUGUAUGAUUUUUAAGUAAUUAAUUUGCAUUUUAUUGCAUGACAUAAGUAUUUGAUCACCUACCAACCAGUAAGAAUUCCGGCUCUCACAGACCUGUUAGUUUUUCUUUAAGAAGCCCUCCUGUUCUCCACUCUUUACCUGUAUUAACUGCACCUGUUUGAACUCAUUACCUGUGUAAAAGACACCUGUCCACACACUCAAUCAAACAGACUCCAACCUCUCCACAAUGGCCAAGACCAGAGAGCUGUGUAAAAUUGUAGACCUGCACAAGGCUGGGAUGGGCUACAGGACAAUAGGCAAGCAGCUUGGUGAGAAGGCAACAACUGUUGGCGCAAUUAUUAGAAUAUUGAAGAAGUUCAAGAUGACGGUCAAUCACCCUCGGUCUGGGGCUCCAUGCAAGAUCUCACCUCGUGGGGCAUCAAUGAUCAUGAGGAAGAUGAGGGAUCAGCCCAGAACUACAGGGGAGGACCUGGUCAAUGACCUGAAGAGAGAUGGGACCACAGUCUCAAAGAAAACCAUUAGUAACACACUACGCUGUCAUGGAUUAAAAUCCUGCAGCGCACACAAGGUCCCCUUGCUCAAGCCAGCGCAUGUCCAGGCCCGUCUGAAGUUUGCCAAUGACCAUCUGGAUGAUCCAGAGGAGGAAUGGGAGAAGGUCAUGUGGUCUGAUGAGACAAAAAUAGAGCUUUUUGGUCUAAACUCCACUCGCCGUGUUUGGAGGAAGAAGAAGGAUGAGUACAACCCCAAGAACACCAUCCCAACCGUGAAGCAUGGAGGUGGGAACAUCAUUCUUUGGGGAUGCUUUUCUGCAAAGGGGACAGGACGACUGCACCGUAUUGAGGGGAGGAUGGAUGGGGCCAUGUAUUGCGAGAUCUUGGCCAACAACCUCCUUCCCUCAGUAAGAGCAUUAAAGAUGGGUCGUGGCUGGGUCUUCCAGCAUGACAACGACCCGAAACACACAGCCAGGGCAACUAAGGAGUGGCUCCGUAAGAAGCAUCUCAAGGUCCUGGAGUGGCCUAGCCAGUCUCCAGACCUGAACCCAAUAGAAAAUCUUUGGAGGGAGCUGAAAGUCCGUAUUGCCCAGCGACAGCCCCGAAACCUGAAGGAUCUGGAGAAGGUCUGUAUGGAGGAGUGGGCCAAAAUCCCCGCUGCAGUGUGUGUGUAGUGUAUCUUGUCGCUGCUGGUGCUCAUUGCUGUCAAACAAAGGAGUCCGCUCAUACUGAACCUUUGAUCAUACGUUUUAUUCAUAUCACACGAUUUCAGCAUAAGUGACGGAUGUCAUGACACCCGGAGAGCGACGUCCCCGAUUGCAAUGGUCGCUCUAACCUCUUCUUCGUCUAGCCCAUACUUAUAAACAAUGCAAAAAUAUGGGUUGCUCCCUCUGCUGUCCAAUCACCUGUCUCCCCUGGGGCGUCACCCUACAAAUGGCUACUUUUGAACUAAGAUAAACAUCCCCUCUUUGUUCCUCUAGAAUAGUCAUAAUCUUCAUAUACGACAUGUGCAAACCUGGUCAAGACCUACAGGAAACGUAUGAUCUCUGAAAUUGCAAACAAAGGUUUCUGUACCAAAUAUUAAGUUCUGCUUUUCUGAUGUAUCAAAUAAUUAUGUCAUGCAAUAAAAUGCAAAUUAAUUACUUAAAAAUCAUACAAUGUGAUUUUCUGGAUUUUUGUUUUAGAUUCCGUCUCUCACAGUUGAAGUGUACCUAUGAUAAAAAUUACAGACCUCUACAUGCUUUGUAAGUAGGAAAACCUGCAAAAUCGGCAGUGUAUCAAAUACUUGUUCUCCCCACUGUAACUGCCUUAAUCUUGCUGGACCCCAGGAAAAGUAGCUGCUUCCUUGGCAGCAGCUAAUAAAUACAAAUACAAAUACAAAUGGGACAAAACAGAUGGGGUUGGCUUAGACUGUUGACAACAUGUAAACUAUUUUAGUCUCCAAAUGAGCACUUGAUGUCUCUUAAAUACAUCGUUACAGUUGUUGGUUAGCUAGCUAGCUAAUUUUUGCCAUCCCUUACAAAAAAAGAUUGCGGUCAGAGUGCAGUAUAACUGCAGUACAACUGCAGUACGCUACAAAUACUGUGACCAAAAUAACACUUUAUUUUUACUGCAGUACUUUUGCAGUGUAACUGCAGUUACAGUGCAGUAUAACUGCAGAAUAACUGCAGUACACAGCAGUUAUUCUGCAAUUACUGUUUCCAAAAUACCACAGUGGACUGCAGUUACUGCACUUUUAUUGCAGUUUCAAAACUGCAAUCUUUUUUUGUAAGGGAUAUUAGCAUAGACAUGUCAUCAGUCAAAACACCUCAAAACAAGACAAGGUAUCAACAACAAGAUACAUUGAGCUGAAACGAGCCACCUACGAUUCCCCACAUGGCAGCUUCUUGUCAUUGUUGCUAGCUAUAUGACCGUUCAGAAUCAUAACAACAUCCACCUUCUGGCCACAUCGAUGCGCACAUCAUUUUUGUGACUUUGUCAGCCAACCCGUCUAUAUAACAGAGCUUUAUGGGAAAAGAGAUCCAAAGAUUUGGAUGAAAACAACAAUCUGAAACAACAAUUUCUGUUUUACCCUGAACAGCGAAACAAUCCCCCUAGAUGACAUCCCACCCCCACUCCCUCCUAAGGUAAACAAACAUUACAUUUUUCUAAACUAUGGCAAUUCGUUACCUCUACAUAUCCCAUGUGUCUAUGAAUAUGGUGUUGACAUAGCCUAAUUUCCAGUGCCUGACCUCAUAUAUGCCCACGCAGCCCAAAGUUUGUACCAGUUCAGAGGAGAUUGUGACAGGAGAGGACGAACGUGGCCGGACACUGCACUCCCUCUACGCCCCCUUGCCCCUCCGCCGGACCUCUAGUGGUACCCACACACGCCCUGUCCCCCGUCCACGCUCCCAGCGAAACAUCAACUCCGGUGAGUGUCAGCUCCACUCUUAUCCCUACUUGUUACCUACAGUUACCGAUGUAGGAUCUUAAUUUGAUCACCCUGUUGUCCCUUCUGAAUUGCAUACCAUGUACAGUGAAGGACCUUUGACCUAUGACAUUUACCCUGAAGAACAUCUCCAUGCUCUCUAAUGUACAGUAACAACAUGAUUGUGUCCCCUGUAGACCCUGUUUCCUUCCCAUUACACAUAACAGACAGACCAGCGGACCUCCAACCUCCUGAGCUGCCCCCCAAGAAAGACAGGAGAAGGAGACAGCCCCCCCAGGUAUGGAUGGGACCCAGAAUUAAAACAGCAUUUCAUUUUUCCUUCUGAGAGGAGGACUAGCAAAACGCAUUACUUGUUGGCUCGCAGAAAUUUGGAUAAACUGAUUCCAAUAUGCAUGUUUAGAGUAUGUCUCUGUUUUCUAUUUCAGGGUCCAGUUGAAUGUGCCAGCCCUGUGCUGAAGAAACCUCCAGUAAGUUUGUCCACCAAUCUCAUGAGUAUGUCGCUCUACAGUUUACGACAGUUACUGUAACUCUGUAUCGAUGCACUGAGACUUGCUCACACCUUUAUCUGGAACACUAUACACACACUAUGAACAAUGAGAGUGACUCCUGGGCCCGUAUUCAUAAAGCGUCUCAGAGUAGAAGUGCUGAUCUAGGAUCAGUUUAGUUUUUUUGAUCAUAAUGAAUCAGAUUAUAUAGACACGUCAGAAAUUAUCCUAGAUCAGCACUCCUACACUGAGACGGUUUAUGAAUAUGGGUCCUGUUCUCCAUCUCGUGUCUAGGUGUACUUUAAGAAAGUAUUCAAUGGCUGUCCGUUGAGCGUGAAUUGUUCAACGAUGUGGGACCAUCCGACAACCAAAGACCACCACCUGAUCCUGGGAGCAGACGAGGGGAUCUACACCCUCAACCUGAACAGCUCAGAGGCCACCAUGGAGCUGGUGAGAAUCUGCUCUAAUAUCUUUCUAUGUCUGCAGUGAGGCUAGGUCUGGUCCCAUUGCGUGAUGUCAAUAACGAGUUGAACAAGUCCUAACGCCCUGGACCAGAGCUACAGUGAGGCUAAAUGUAUGGUCUUAGAGAUUAAGCUCAUGCUACAGUAUGACUGUACAAUUCAGUAAAAUAGAUGUUAUAGCUACAGUAUUGCAUUUUGCUUUCAUAUUGCUUGUAAUCUCUACUUAACUCUACAUGUGCCUCACUCAUCCGCUUCUAAAACCCUUGAAAUGUUCUCUUCGCCCGCAUCUCUCCUGCAGCUCUAUCCUGGAAAGUGCAGCUGGGUUUACACCAUUAGUAAUGUCCUCAUGUCAAUAUCAGGUGAGAUUCAGCAAGCCAUAGACAUUCUACAAUACUAACAUCUGUCAAAUAAAUAGACUGAAAUCAUCUGUGUGUGCGUGUGCCUGUGUGUGUUUUCCUCCCCAGGUAAAUCGUCCCAGCUCCAUUCUCACUUACUGAAGGAGUUGUAUGAGCAGGGCCGAAAGGAGCAGCGAAUGGUGGCCUUGCCAACCCACAGACUAUUGCCUAGGUAACCCUACAAUUCAUUGCCAUAGGCUAGUGCUGGGUCUUAUUAAUUAGUGAACACCGUAGCAAAGCAUUUCCCAACAGAAAAGCAAAACAAGCAUUUCUUAUUCUUAUUUAUUUAUUCCAUGUAAAACUGACUAUCCUACCGAUCCUUGACUUCGGCGAUGUCAUUUACAAAAUAGCUUCCAACACUUUACUCAGCAAAUUGGAUGUAGUCUAUCACAGUGCUAUCCGUUUUGUCACCAAAGCCCCAUAUACUACCCACCAUUGUGACCUGUACGCUCUCGUUGGCUGGCCCACACUACAUAUUCGUCGCCAAACCCACUGGCUCCAGGUCAUCUAUAAAUCACUUCUAGGCAAAUCCCCGCCUUAUCUUAGAUCAUUGGUCACCAUAGCAACACCCACCCGUAGUAUGCAUUCCAGCAGGUAUAUCUCACUGGUCAUCCCCAAAGUCAACACUUCCUUUGGCCGCCAUUCCUUCCAGUUCUCUGCUGCAAAUGACUGGAACGAACUACAAAAAUCUCUGAAGCUGGAGACACUUAUCUCCCUCACUAACUUUAAGCAUCACUUGUCAGAGCAGCUUACCGAUCACUGCACCUGUACACAGCCCAUCUGUAAUUAGCCCACCCAACUACCUCAUCCCCAUAUUGUUAUUUACAUUGUUAUUUAUUUUGCUCAUUUGCACCCCAGUAUCUCUAUUUGUACAUAUUCUUCUGCACAUCUAUCACUCCAGUGUUAAUACUAAAUUGUAAUUAUUUUGCACUAUGGCCUAUUUAUUGCCUUACCUCCAUAACUUACUAUGUUUGCACACACUGUAUAUAGAUUUUCUAUUGUGUUAUUGACUGUACGUUUUGUUUUUGUUUAUUCCAUAUGUAACUCUGUGUUGUUGUUGUUUUUAUCGCACUGCUUUGCUUUAUCUUGGCCAGGUCGCAGUUGUAAAUGAGAACUUGUUCUCAACUGGCUUACCUGGUUAAAUAAAGGUGAAAUAAAUACAAAUUAAAUACAAAUGUCUUAUUAAGUUCAGUAGUAGUCCCUCCCCGUUUCGGCCUGUUUCCUUCCGCUUCGUUCCUAGUGAAUACAACCCUGGUGUUUGUUGUUGAUGAUAACAUUGUCUCCCCCUGUAGUUACUAUGACGUAUCAACAUAGAUUUUCUUUCUUAUUUCCAGGAAGUUUGCGGUCUCAUGUAAGAUACCAGACACCAAAGGCUGCAAGACCUGCUCAGUGGGUGAGAAAAGAGAAGUUGAGAAGUCCUGUUUAGCUUGAUAAAAAAAUUAUUCAGGCAGUUCAGUCACUGAACUUCAGUUGUGGUAUUGUGCUUGUAACACGAGUGGGUUUGAAGUCAAAGUUGAGUUAGAUCAAUGUGUCUGCUAAAUGACUGUUAUACUAGAAUGCUGAGGUCCUCUCCUGUCCCCCCUUGCUCCCUGCAGCCAGUAACGUGCAGCAGGGCUGUGUGUUCCUGUGCUGUGCCCUGGAGGCCAGUGUGGUGCUCCUGCAGUGGUACGAGCCCAUGCAUAAGUUCAUGCUCAUCAAGGUGAGUACACACACGAUCCCACAACAAUCCUUCUCAUCAUCCUGCUGCCCACUGUCUUCCUGGGUCCUAUUCAGUAGGGCACAUCAUAGCAAAACAGUUUGCAAAAGAUCUUAUCGGAUAAGUUCAUAUAUUUCUUCCUUGUUUCACGCCGUUUCAAAUAGUUUUGUCCAUACUAGACACAACCCUGUAGUCACGUAUACAGUCACAGCUGACAGUCCCUGACUAUUUCCCUGACUGUGUGUAUUUGUCCCCUGCAGUCCUUUGACUUCCCCCUGCCCAGUCCCCUGCGUGUGUUUGAGAUGGUGGUGGCACCGCAGCAGGAGUACCCUCUAGUGUGUAUUGGGGUACACAGGGGUCCCAGUCCUGAGCAGCCCAUUAAACUGGACAACAUGAACCUCAACUCCAACACCUCUUGGUUCACCAACACUGGCUUAGGUACUAUGAACUGAACACAUCACAGAGCAUGCUUAUUUCUAUGAACAUACAAUUCAAUGGAAUUCAACGUAAGCUUCUUAGUUUGGACCAAUCUGACAGUUGUGUUGUAACUGUGUGUUUGUGUUCCAGAGAGCAAGUGUCCUGACACAGUGCAGGUGAACCAGCUGGACUGUAACACUCUGCUGGUGCUCAUUGAGAGUAAGUCAUGUUAUUAUCAUCACCAUCCUCAGGAAGAGUAGGCUGGUUACAUACCAAGUCUGUUUUAACCCCUAAAUGACGGUGUCUUUAUCAGUCUAUAAGAGGGAAAUGAAAUGUGUAGGAAGGCCUAAUGUGUGUGUGUGUGUGUGCCUCUCUCCCCUCUGAAUAGAUUCAGUACACAUAGUGGGCCUGGAGGGGGAGCAGAGGAGCCACAGGAUGCUUCAAGCUGAGACUACUUUCACUUUUGAUGUGGAAGCUGUAGGUAAGAAGGGGAGGAGUAGAGGAGCAUGGUCAUCAUAAUAAAAUCAUUGUGAGGUUUGAGGGGUGUGGCCUAAUGCACAUUCUCUCCCUCUGUCUAUCUGUCUAUCUGUCUGUCUGGUUCAGUGUAUUUUGAGAACAGUCUGCUGGCCGUGUGGCGUCAUGGCUGGCAGAGGAGAGGAGAGGGCACAGAAGUACUGCAGGAGAUCACAGACUCCAAGAAGACCUUCCGUCUAGUGGGAUCAGAUCGGUAUGUGUGCCUGUAUACUUUCAUGGGAUACACACUGACACACACACAAUCAAGUAAAUAUAGUUUUGAUUGACCCAUUAAUAACCCUCUGCAGGAUAGUUGUCAUGGAGACACGGCAGAGUGAGGACCAUUCGGAGCUCUGUAACCUGUACAUCCUGGAGAUUGCGGAGAACUAUGUCCCAGUACCUUGAGAACUCUAGCACUUGGGACCAAGCUCAAAGUAGCACCACCUCGAAAAUAUCAAGCAGCAGCCAUGGCACUGUGUUCAUGUCCAACAAUACUGCUGUGCUGCUGGUUUAAAGGAGCACAG